AUGUCCCCAGCCACGGUCGCGAUAAGCGGCACGGUGCUCGUGUCCGCCUUUCUGUUCUAUCGAUGGCUUCUACCAAAGCCUAUUCCUGGCAUUCCAUACAACCAGGAAGCCGUCAGAUCGGUGUUCGGCGACAUUCCCUCCAUGCUGAAGCAUCUCCAAGGAUCAAGAACGAUGAUGGACUGGUUCUUAGCAGAUCACAAGAAACAUAACUCCCCAAUUAUUCAAAAGUUCAUAUUGCUAUUUGGACCACCGGUGGUGUUCAUCAGCGAUUAUCACGAGGCUCAGGAUAUUGUUAUGCGCCGCACCAAAGAGUUUGACAAGCCAGAUGCUAUCAGUGAUGUAUUCUACGGCAUCGCUCCUGAAUUUCAUGCUGUGAAAGUAACGAGCGAAGCCUGGAGGAAUCAGCGCAAGCUACUUCAAGAUCUCAUGGCACCUGCAUUUCUUCACGGAGUAGCUGCACCCCAGCUGCACCAAAAUUUCAUGGACUUGAUCAGAUUAUGGUCCGAGAAACAGCGACUUGCUGAGGGUCGGCCGUUCGAAGUUAAACAGGACAUUUUUGACGCUGCGUUAGAAGCGAUCUGGGCAGCUGUUUUUGGCAACGCAGGUACUGCCACAGUCACUCGUAACCAGAUCGAUCUCCUUUCUGGUCAGAAAAAUGUCAGUCUACCUGCCUCCGUGGACCAAGCGGUGGAGUUCCCAAAAGCUCCAGCUCCCGCAGAGUUUCGCGCAGUGCUCGAACUCACCGAAAGCAUUGAAGAAGUUAUUAAAUCCCCCUUUCCCCUGACAACAGGCUUCAUACAGCGCUAUCUUCCAUCCGGUCGUAGGAACCUCCGCAUAAAGGCUCAAUUCACCGCAAGAGAGAUUACAAAGGCCGAAGCUAGAAUGAAAGCCAGCGACGGCAAAGAGACAAAGAUCACAAACGCUGUCGACCAUGUCCUGCGCAGAGAAAAGAUGGCCGCUGAGAAGCAACAACGCGCCCCCAAGUACCAAUCCACCAUCAUCAAGGACGAACUCUUCGGCCUCCUCGUAGCUGGCCACGACACAACCUCUACAACACUAUCUUGGGCUAUGAAAUUCCUCGCCGCCCACCAGCCCGUGCAAAACAAACUCCGAUCCCAACUCCGCUCUUCGCUAUGUGUAGCACACGCCGAAUCCCGCGUCCCUUCCGCUCAAGAAAUCGCUUCUUGCCAGAACCACUACCUCGACGCCGUCAUCGAGGAGAUCAAUCGUUGCAGCAACACAGCCGCCCUAUUCAGCCGCAGGAGCUUGGUUGAUACUGUGGUGUUGGGCAAUUUCAUACCCAAGGGAACGUCAGUCUACUGCCUCGCCGGCGGCGGCGGCGUGCUCCAACCCGCCCACUCUAUCUCCUCCACCCUGCGCAGCCCGCAAUACCUUGCCGCCGGAGGCGGCAAGACCAAGCCUUGGGACGCUCACACCAUCAAAGACUUCGAUCCCGAGCGCUGGCUCGUAGCGGACAAAGACACCGGUGAGACAGUGUUUGAUGCGCAGGCGGGGCCGCAUCUUGCGUUUGGGGGCGGUCUACGGGGGUGUUUUGGGCGGAAGUUGGCGUAUUUGGAACUUCGGCUGGCAAUUGUGUUGGUGCUGUGGGAGUUUAGAUUGGGGGAGGUAGAGGGGGAGUAUGGCGGGUGGGAGGCGAUUGAUCAACUCACGCAUAAUCCGGCACAGUGCUAUGUUAGGCUUGAGAAGGCUUAG